AUGGAAGAGACUCCAAGUGCUGCCAAGUUGCCCGACGGAGUCCUGGCUGUCAGCACGCUAAUCGACCUCAUUUCCAUUCCCGACGACGACGACGACGACGACAGAAAGAUGCUGGCCAAAGCAAAAAGUGCAGACAACGACCAGAACUCCGUCAUUUUCAUUCCCUCAGAUGAUGAUGAUGAUGAUGACGACGAUGAUGAUGAUAGUGUGGUGGUAUUGGAACAUCCCCCGUCGACUCAGCAUUUUGCGACCAGAGCAGAACAAGAAACGAGCGAUGCAAAACUGGCAGCUACGCUUCAGUCGGCGGAAACCAAGGCAUGCGACCAACGCAAGCAGCAGGAUCUGGAGUCCAUGAAAAACAGUCAUGCGGGUCGAGCCGUCUUGCUUGUGGAGAAGGUGAUUCAUUUGCUGCAAAAACCAGAAUAUGUCAAAGAAGGCAUUGAACCAUUGGGAAAAGAUGAUGCCGUUUUUCUCGCAGAGCAGGUAUUUGCAAUGCAAGCAGAGCUUCAACACCAGAACAGCUCAGGCAAUAAGACACCAACACACGUCUCCAUUGGAUACCAUUACACGUCGCAAGUGAAUUUGGAUUCUAUUCGCACGGAUGGGCUCUUGACUAUUGAAGACCGACAAGCUGCCAAGCACACGAAUACGCGAAAUAUUGCUGUCUUUGGGAAUGGCAUCUACACAGGAACCAAUCCUCAUGCUUUCUCAAACUAUGGGGAUGUGGGCUUGCUCGUUGCAGUGCUCAAGGGCACCGAAAAACGAGUAGGAAGUGGAGGAAACCUUUACCAGAAGGAACGCAAAGAUGGGAAAAUCAAUACCGUCAUUGGAAACAAAGUAUUGGGGCCUUCAAGUCUGGAACCAUUUUAUGAUGAAGUCAUACUCCAGAAGAGCAAUCAGGUGCUUCCCCUUGUCAAGUAUCAACGCAACAAAAUACUGCCUGUAGUAUCCUACAACAACAAUACAAAGUUUGCCGACAUGCUUUGGUCGAUUCACGAGCGAGUCCAACAAGUCCUGGAUGAAUACUUCAACGAGUCCGUACCCACCACGUUGACACGUGUCAGCAAGUGA